CCAGAUCGGAUCUAGUGUGCAGAACAUACAUCCAGCAAAUCAUUUUUGCGGACCAGAGAUUUCCCGUUUUCCUGCAGCCCCCCUGUGUGUGUUUGGACCAUCUCUUGGUUUUUUACAACGUUUUGAAGGGACUAAAGCAAAAAGAAAAAGCUGUGGAUCUUGACAGGAAAUAUUUCUGAAUUCGGGAUUUAAUCUGCAACACCCGAUAGCUUCACUUAAACUUACAGAGCUUUCAUAAAAUAACAGUUCCUCAUUAGGCAACAGUUGUCAUAUUCUUUUGCCAACUAUCCUGCCGCAUUUCAAAAACUCUCCUGCUGCGCAAAGAGGCACGGGUUGUGAAGUUACGGAAUAAAUGUGAAGACAAGUUUGCCUCUUUGACGCACCGAGACAAAUCUCUGCUCCUCGUCCUCUAAAGUCAGAUGAAUGUGUGGAUGUAAACCGCUGCUGUUAGCUGAGAGUUCCAGGUUUGGUUACACCUCUCCCAGCUGAAACACGACCCUCCUUCCCGUCACCUCUGCCUGCAAACCGGGGCACGUGGAGCUGGAGGUGCCGCGGGGGACGGCAUGGGAGGAUUCAAAUACUAAUGUAUUGGGCUGUUGAUGGAGAGGAUUUCGAAUGUCAGCCGGGACAGUGGUCAUCGCAGGAGGAAUUCUGGCUACAGUGAUAUUACUGACCAUCGUCGCUGUACUGUGUUUAUGUAGGUUACAGUACUACUGUUGUAAGAGGGAGGAUUCUGAGAAGGGGGAAGAGGAACAACCAGAGCUCGCCUCCAUGUCUCCUUGUCGGCCCCUGGCUCUGUCCGCUCCCCCUACGCCUCCGACGCCGCAGCACUUUAGCGACGAACCGGAAAACUACCCCCCUACCUUCCUCACUGAGGCAAAUGGUCCUGCAAGCUACUCUUCCACACCACCAUCGCGCAGGUGCCAUCACUCACAUGGCUUUUGCCCGACCUGCGCUCGCUGCACCCUGCCUUUCUACCUGCAGCACCCGGAGAGGCUGUGUAACGGCGGUCGCAGGAUCAGCUACAGGACUGUGCAGCAGCAGGACCUUGAACUGCCCAUAGACUUGGCCAGGUUCUACCAGAACCUUAUUCGCUCCGUCACCAUGAAGGAGGUGGUCACCCAAAGCAUUAGCACUGAUGUCUAG